AUUGAAGAUAACAACAUUGUUUAAAUAAAGUACCAUUGGCGUGCGAGUCUCCUCCAAAAAGUUGAUACCUUGGGGCUGGGACGCAGAUUAAAGCUUGUGUCAUUUUAAAAAGAAAAAAAAAAGGAAAUCAUCAUGAGUGCGUAUACGAUAUUAGUCAUUCUGGUAUCCGUAGCGAGUAUGGCUCUGGCACUGGACAGCUGCACGGUACAGAGACAGUGCUACUGCGAGACAAAGACCAACUUUGUGGAUUUAAAUCUAAUCGGGAACAUCACGUGAGUAUUUUAACGAAUGGCUUUCUUUUGGGUAUGCCUUUCUCAAGAAAUUUAGAAACUAUUUUCUACUCUUUGGUGCCCUUAAACUCAUCUUUAAAAGAAUUGUAUUUUUUUUCAUUUUUUAAAAUGUUUUUUUUUUUAAAUAUAGACAGACAAACGAUGUUGUUUCAAUAUUAAUGAUAUGCAUAAGUUCAAAUGACGUAUUUUGGGACUAGUUUUUUUUUAAAAAUGAAACUAUAUUCAAGAGGAAAGUUUGAGCCGAAAUUAAAUUAUACAUGACUAUUAAUUUAAUCUAUUCCAAAACUUGAAACUUUUCAACCAAGUGGAACCUUAAAUUUGAUUUAGUGUUUUCAAAAAUAGAGACAGUAUUUGUUAUUAAUUGGCCACGCGUUGGAAUGCAAUUCGACAAAUUUUUUUAAAAAAAUGUGUAAGUAAUCUGUCUACGUCAGUGUCAAUGACAUGCUCUCAAUGGCUCGGCUCCUCUCUGCCAGUGACAUGGGAUACGUCACCUCAACAUCAAACUUAUUCUGAUUAGACUCUAAAUCUCACGUGAUAGAACUUGUUUAAUUUUAUAACGAUUGUUUCCACAAAUCUAACGGAAAAAAUGUGAUUAUUUGUGUUUGCAGUUUUAAUUUGACAGAUUCGCAAGGGGGAAGCAUUUAUUCGAUCAGACUUUGUCAAACCCUCAACCUUCCCUAUGUUGCCUGCCACUCAGUGCACGUGAGUAAACUUGCCAAUUUCUUACUCUUUACAGUUACAGAAAAAAAAAUGUCUUGAAACGUUUCAACAAAUGUUAGCUUAUCACAGUCGAUAAAGUCCCUUGUAGAAGCUCAGUUUGAAACCCUCAACAAAAACAGCAUCAUGCCCAGUGGUUUGUGUUCAUCCAUGAGUUUAACAACCUCCGCUUGUAUUUCAGGGAUGUCAGUACAAUGUCUUAUCAGGACAGAACUAUACUAUAGCGAACGCCAGCAACCCCGUCUUCAACGACUCAACGACUCUCAUCUACCGGGGUGCCAACAGGUGAGUUCUAGCAUGCCAUUAAGUAAUAGACUAACCGGAUUGCCGACAGGUGAGUUGCAGCAUGUCAUUACGUCAUAGAGUCACCGGAGUGCCGGCAGGUGAGUCGUAGCAUGUCAUUACGUCAUAGAGUCACCGGAGUGCCGACAGCUGAGUUCUAGCAUGCGAUUACGUCAUAAACUAACCGAAGUGCUGACAGGUGAGUUGUAGCAAUUCAUAAACUACAUACAUUUUAAAAAUAUAAUACAGAAUUGUAACAGAAUCGAACAGUUUUUUUCUUAGCCCAUAUCAGCUGAAACACAUUUAAUUUUUAUCACAAACUGAACAUUUGCUGAACGCGCUGAUCGGUGGGAUAUAUACGCUCAUUUUUUUUUUUUUAAUGUGGAUCAUUGCGCAGUGUGUAAAUGUUUCAAAUAGUGAUCGACAAAACACUUUGUAUUCCCAUUUGUGCGCUUUGUGUUUCUAUUUUUUUCGAGGCCGAUGGCCGGAGUGUCAACUAAAUAAAUCUCAUUUAAGCCUAUACUGCAGACUGUGACACACUCUGUUCACACUCUCUUUGAUUUGGUUACAACUAAACUAUAGAGCACUGCCUUAGAGGUAUAUGCAUGUCUGUGUCAAAUUAAGGUUUUGUGGAUAUUUUGCUUUAUGGCAGCAUGAUGUACUUUUGGCCACAUUUUUUUGCGACUGGACCAACAAAGCCAAACUCACACCGAUAAAAAAAAAGUAAAAAAAAAAAAAACCAGAGGGGUUUCAGUUGAAUGAAAAGUUGAAAUCCCUGUAAUUUAACUCUUUGACUCCCGACCUGUUUCAUGAUGUUGCUAACGUCAUUUAGUCACAAGGACGAGACCACGUUUAUAUUGAAAUCUAAAUCCCGAGAGUAAUUGAACAGAUGAAUAAAUUUUUAGAGAUCAACAGAGAGGAAAUUUAUUGUACUUUAUCAUUAAUUUACUUCGAAAUAAAUAUGUGGUAUUUUUUUAAAAAAUUAAUUGGUGUAUAUCCAUAUAUUUCCCCGAAAUGGUUUAUAAUUGUUUUACAGUGAUUUCAAUGUUGGUCCCUGCGCAGAGACUGAGAAAGCUACUUUGUGAUCUGGCAACAAUUACUUUUUUUUUUUUUUUAAUUUCUUGUAGUGUUUUGCCUGCUGAAGAAGGCAUUUAGCCGAAACGUUCUUUUUUAACCGUUUUUUUUAAUCAAAGCCUUUCAAAAUAUCUCGUUCAUCCCUGUUUUUUUACUUCCUACUUUGUGAUCUGGCAACAAUUACUUUUUUUUUUUUUAAUUUCUUGUAGUGUUUUGCCUGCUGAAGAAGGCAUUUAGCCGAAACGUUCUUUUUUAACCGUUUUUUUUAAUCAAAGCCUAUCAAAAUAUCUCGUUCAUCCCUGUUUAUUUACUUCCCACGUCUUGAACGCAGUCUGCCAUGUAUUAUUGUGAUUUCAAAGCAAGUUCCAGCAGCAUUAUGCUCUUGUCAAACAUGUUAUAUCCUAUUAUCCUAUCGACUUAUGGAACUUUCUUGUUUUUCAGGACCACCGUUGUAAAUUUAGUGUGUUCCACACAACAGGACAACUUCACGUUCUCCAAUGAGAAGCCACAGUUGACUUACGUGAGUAUUCAUAACAUUAUCGCUACUUAAGGAGCAAGGGACCCAACCUGGAUAGAAAUAUCAUAAGAACAAAAAACAAGGCCUUUGUAGUUGAAAAUUUUGUUUAUAAAAGAAAGAUUGUAUUUACAAUACGACUUGAGAUCCGUUUAUGACCAAGAGAAGGCUGCAGAUUACGUCCAUCAUUAUAUUGGCAGAUAACAGAUUUGAGGCAGAUACCGGGCGCAUCCCACCGGAGAUAACGAAUUAUACACCUUUCUCUCAGAGGCCUAUCAAAACAAUAAUAAUUAUACAUUAAAAAAAAACAAUAAUAACAAAGGGACAUCAAAAAAAUAAUAAGGAAAAUAAUAAUAAUAUUAAAAAAAUUAACUAUAAUAAAAAAAACACCAAUAAUAAUUAUAAUAACGGGUUUUAGCGGAUGAAUUACCACAUGCUGAUGUGAUGUUCUGUGGAACGUUUCACAGGCGUGUCCCAAGGUUUAGAUUUAAAGGAAUGGAAAGAAAUUUUUAAAAAAAGAGGUUUUGGGUAUUUUGUUUUUAUAUUAUUAGACGGGACUCGAACACAUGUAAUCUACUUAAUCAAACGAAUUAGCAUUCACGUUUGUCAUUAUCCAACAUCUGCUGUUAUUUAUUUUUUAAAAUUUAUAAUUUUGGUGGCUGGAAAUCCCAAAGAAGUUUCGCGACUAUUAUUUAGGCGUAAGAGACUAAGGUGGGUUAAAACAUACUUCAAUACUUCAAUGUUGUUUGGAGCUAAGGUGGUCAGAGAUCAAAGGUGAAGUGCAGUCAGAUACAUUUAUCUACCGAUAAACAUAUAUUAUUACAAGUACGUAAUAAACAAUACUUUCUUUGCGAAUCAAAAACACUGUAUGUCUGGAGGUCGUUACUGGUAUAACCGCAGCAGGAUAGUAAAUAUGCUAAUGUGAAAUAAGUUGUUAGUUAUGACGUUGUCAAGGAAGUUUUGAUUACAUAGAAUUUAGCGAGCGCCGGUCACAAUAAUGAACAUGUUUCUCUUUCUAGAACUUCGUCCUUACCGGAAAAUCGGCGUGCCCGAAAGACCUUCCGGUAUCGACAACGACGACCAUCGUCCCCAGCAACACCACCGCCAGCAACACCACCACGCACGCCAACACCACCAUAACCACACACCCGCCGACCAACUCAACGACGGUGACGACGACGCCCAAAACAUCACCAACCACAACAGCCAAAGUGACCAACGCCACGACCACCACCACCGUCACCACCAAGUCAUCAACACCGAAGACUUCGAUCACAACACCCAUCGCUUCUACGACCCACAAAGGGGCGGCCAGCACUAUCAGGUAGGUGCAGUUUUGUGACAAAAAAUGGCUACCAAUAGAUUAGAAAUAGAUUAUCAAUUGCACACAAGGGUUCUUAAUCAGUAGUGGAUUUAUCUUUUUUUUUUUUAAAGUGAAGUACGUUGCAAUUAUUUCAUGUUGUCAUAGAAUGCAUGAAUAAAUAUGUCAUGAUUCGUCUUUAUUAUCAUGAUUCUUAUAAUUGAAAUGUAUUCAAAUACAUAUAUUUUAUUAGCAAUUUAAAGACGUAUAUUGCAUACAAAGUAUGAGAACCCUUGAAUAUUUUUUAAAAAAAAUAUUGUGAAAUUUAAAGUAAUUGUCCUCUGGAGCAUUACUAGUUUAACAUUUGUGCAACAAAUAAAAUAACACAGUGUGAUGAAGAAAACUGAUUAUAGUAAUUAAUCUAAUUGUCUUUAACUUAAACCCUACAACUUUCUCGUCACAGCUUCAUGACAUUAUGGACCGUCACAUUUGCUGUUUGGCUGUCGUCUACACUUUUCUGAUGCAUGCACCAGUGCUUGAUUAUAACAGCGGUCGUAUGGGGCCCUACCCAUGAAUGAGUUUCUAAACAUAUUUCGUGAUGGAUAGUCGAGUUUUGCGUCAUGUCCACUUUGUUUAAGUUAAAAAUAUUUAGUUAUUCUACAACGGUAAACCCUUGCAAACUCGUAUUGUGAACUGAGAACAGUGGCAUUGCGAUAUAAGGCCUUGAAAUAUGUAAUGCUAAAAGUGAAGAAAACAGAAGUUUUAUUAAUUUAACUGGAUUGCAUACCAUUUCCGAAAAUUAGCGGAGAAUUCAGACGUUAAGUUUUAAAGGAAUAUAGAUACACAUAUUAUAGAUCGUCUCAUUUGACGUGUCCAUAGAAACUGACUUCAUUUUAUUCAGAAGAACAUCUCUUAGUCAGGGCGUGGGUAUUUAGUGACAGCUUAUUAAGUUCUGCAAAUGACGAAGGCAUAAUAUCUAUUACAAAAAAGCUUUCUGAUGCAUUAAUCUCAUCGAGCGGCUGCUCAGCGAACAUUGUGUUGAUAAACUAUUUUUUAAAAACAACGUAGUGAUUUUGUUGAUUUUUCAUGUUGUGUUUUUGCUAAAUGAAAUUAAAUGAAAAAUAUCAUUAGGAAAUAUUGUG